CAUAGCUCUAUUUUGCUUCUGCAAGUCAAAAUUCAUUCAUCAUAUGGUGGUUUUUGAAUAACUUUUUCUAAUUAUUAUUAGCAUGCUAACCUAAUUUAAAAAUUAUAAAAAAAUGUGUAAAAAAUCAUAAAACAAGAAAGAAAGUAAUCCAUCUUAACAAAGUCCACAAGAUUGAUUUGUCACUUAAUGAGAACGAAAAAAUAGCGCCUAAAAUUUUAUUUGUAAAAAAAAGUGAUCAAUUUAUUUAAAAUUACUGUAUUUUUUUUCCUUAUUUCCAAUUAUUCAAAAACGCAAAAGUGGUUUCUUCAUAAUGAAGGCAAUAUCGAAUUGGGACUUAUGUUAUGAUGACAUGAACUUAUAUAUAACACCAGAAUGUUUUAUAGUGGAACCAAAUGGUAAAGAAGAACUCUUAAUAAUCGAUCGGAAUUGCAGCGAAGCAAAAGUUCAGUUAAAAACAAGUCAACUCAAUCACCGAAUGCCCACACGCCGGGUAUGUGGCAUUUUGGGCACUAUUUCAUUAAUUGGUUCAAACUAUUUGCUGGUAGCCACGCACCGCUUGUAUGUUGGCAUGAUAAAUGAUGCUGUGAUUUGGCGCUUAGCUGGCUAUGAUAUAAUACCAUACAUUCCUAACGCUUGCCUAAAUGCCCAUCAAUUGAAGAAUAACGAAGUUCUUUUAAAAAUGCUUCGUAAGACAAUGGAUACACCGCAUUUUUAUUUCUCUUACGCUUACAACUUAACGCACAGUCAGCAGCGUGCACAUCAUCUGUCAGCGAAAAUAAAACAACAAAAAAGUUUAAUGGAAGGCAUUGAUGAUCGUUUCGUAUGGAAUAAGUCGUUACUAAGCAAUUUCAAAUGUUCAGAUAUGAACAAAUUUCAAUUGCCUCUAAUAUUAGGAUUUGUUUCGGUAAAUCAAGUUCAAAUUAAUGGCCAAACAUUCUUCUGGUCUAUAAUAUCCAGACGUUCUGUUCAUAAAGCAGGCACACGGUUCUUUAGUCGAGGCAUCAACGACGAUGGUCAAGUAGCCAAUUUUGUAGAAACUGAACAAAUUGUAGAAUACAAUGGCCAGUGCGUGUCAUUCGUGCAGACACGGGGCAGCAUGCCGUUCUACUGGAGUCAAUUACCAAAUUUACGUUAUAAACCCCGGCCACAUAAGAUAAAUGGAAAGGACCAUUUAUUAGCUUGUAAGCGACACUUUGAAGAACAGAUUGCUUUGUAUGGUCAGCAAGUUCUGGUUAAUUUGGUUAAUCAAAGCGGUUCUGAAGGUGAAUUGGAAUCGUUCUUUCGCAAUUUGCUUCAGUUGCUCAAAAACUCUAAACUACGUUAUGAGGCAUUCGAUUUUCACGCCGAGUGCAAAAAAAUACGCUAUGAUCGUUUAACAAUACUAAUUGAUCGUUUAGCACAUGAACAAGACCAGUUCUCUGAAUUUCAUAUAGUUAACAGUCAUAAAGCGAUUUCUACUCAAAAGGGUGUCUUCCGUACAAAUUGCAUUGAUUGUCUGGACCGUACUAAUGUGGUGCAGAGUAUGUUGGCUAAACGCUCUUUGCAGAAAACCCUUGAAAAACUAGGCAUUUUACAUCCAAGUCAAAAAAUUGAAACAGCAUCGCCAAAUUUUGAAUUGAUAUUCAAAGCGGUUUGGGCCGAUAAUGCUGAUAUGAUCUCAAUGCAAUAUUCCGGCACAGGAGCUUUAAAAACGGAUUUUACACGUACCGGUAAACGAACCAAAAGAGGGCUAUUGCAGGAUGGUGUUAAUGCUCUUACCCGUUAUUACAUAAAUAAUUUUACUGAUGGUUUUAGGCAGGAUGGCAUUGAUUUGUUCCUGGGUCGUUAUGUAGUUACAGACCCCUUAUGCGCUCCUUUGGAAGUGAAACGUUCGUGGCGUUAUAACGCCUUUCCAUCCAUACUGGUGUUCGCCGUAGCUAUGUUGUACAUAACAGCUUUAAUGCCACCAAAUUUUAAAACUGAAAAUUUGCUGUUCAUGCUUUUCUCGGGUGCCUUAAUAGCUGUUAGCGCUACCGGUAUGUUUCACUAUGGGCAUGAGUUUAUAGAUUGGCCUCGACUUUUUCGCCCCAUCAGAUUUCAAGUCUAGUGUCUGUCAUGAUAUAUUUCCGGUUUAAUAUAAGGCAAAUCUCUGCAAUUAACAAAUAUAUUCGCCAAUAUUAUCAGUAGUUGGGCUUUUGUUGGUCUGAAUAAACUAAAUGCGAACAUUUUUUCCACGUUUCAAGGAUACGUUCAAGGAUAUACAAAAUUCAUCUUUACUGUCUACGAGUCUCCUGCUUGCUUUAAUUUUAAUAUUUUUGGACCUAGAGAUCUAUUUUGUUUACACUUAUUAAAUCUCGACUAUGCUCAUUUGGUUUUUUAACAGGAACUUGCUAAAAAGUUAAUAUGUACCACAAAUAAGUGAAAUAGAAUUAAUUUAUUUUUAGUAUCCAUCAAAUGAAGAGUUUACUCAUUUUUUAUGUUGUAAGUAAACGUUAAAAUAAUUAAGUAAUAUAAAGAAAUUUUACUCGAAGGUACGCCACGAAGACCCAUUAAUUGUUAAAAAAAUAGAACACCAAAUACAGAAAGUUUUGCAAUAUUAAAAUGAAGUUCUCUUUAUCCGCGUUAGUCAAAGCAAUCUAUUUUAAUCUAGCAUUCAUCUCCAUUCAGGAACAGGUUGACACAACAAUUGAAUAAAGCCAUGAGAAUGAGGGACAAAUUAUCGAAAAAAAAUCAGGAAAAUAAUCAUCGUUACGCGCUUGAACACAAAUUGGAUUCUCGUAGCAUGAAAAUA